GCUGACCGUUCCCGGCCUCCGUCAUAAGAUUCCGAAAAAAUGGCGGGCCUGAGGGGCUGCUCUCCCGCCCUCGCCCUGGACCCUCCUGCACUACAUACUCCUCCGAGACGGGGACCUCGGACCCCAGGGCUCCGGAGGACUCAGCCAGGACUUUCCAAAAGUUGCCACGGGACCUUCCGAUCCCCUCGGCCAUCUCCCAAGUCUGGCCAGGCUGAUGGGGCCGGUGGGGAAUCUCUGCACCUUGACAUUCAGAAACUGAAGGAAAAGAGGGACCUGCUGGACAAGGAGAUCGUCCAGUUAAUAUCUGAAGGCUACAGUGUGGAUGAACUGGAGGACCACAUCUCCCAGCUCCACGAGUAUAAUGACAUCAAGGAUGUAGGCCAGAUGCUUCUAGGCAAACUAGCAGGUGGCUGUAGCUGCUCUGUGUGGAGUCCCAGGGUGCUUUGUUUGACUCCUCUGUGAAGUGGGCCGUGAUCCGAGGUGUCACCACCAAAGAACUGUAUCCAGAAUUUGGCCUGGAUGUGAAUGACUGAGCCAAGGUUCACAGCCCUUUGUCCACAGCCCAGUGAGACAGGCAGAUUUAAACAUGAGAGGCAGUGAGAGCCCAGCACCCACAGGCUUCCCAGCAAGGAAGUGUCAGAAGCUGUUUUCUAGAGAACUCAGUCUGAGUCAGGAGGGAGCCCAGACAAGAGCUGGACAGCGAAGAGCUAUUCCCAGCUCCAAGUUUCCUGAAAUGUUCCCAAGAUGUAUCUAUGUGUGUAUGUCUCCCAUUUGUAAAUAAACACACAAGCAAUCUGGGUGUGAAUCUA